GGGGGCCGCGGCGGGACGCGGGGCCGGGCGGGGGCUGUCGGCACCGGGAGCUGCGAGGAGCGGGGGUCCGCGCCGUCCAUUCGUCCGGGAAACUUUGCCGAAGGCGCCCGGCAGGGGGCACGGGGACAGGAUUCUUCAAGAUGGACACUACAGCAGUCAGCCCACUCACUCCACUAGGCGUUAUUCCAGACUUAAAAAAUGCCACUUCUGUGCCUUUCAAUGAGACUGCAUGUGAAAACUGGAAGGAGAUCCAUCAUCUUGUUUUCCACGUGGCAAAUAUUUGUUUUGCAGCUGGCCUGGUUAUUCCAACUACUCUGAACCUUCAUAUGAUUUUUCUGCGAGGUUUGCUCUCCAUAGGAUGUGCAUUGUUCAUCAUUUGGGCUACGCUCUACCGUUGUGCCUUGGACAUAAUGAUCUGGAAUUCUGUGUUUUUGGUGGUCAACCUUUUACACUUCAUAUACUUAGUGUAUAAAAGAAGACCGAUCAAGAUAGAGAAGGAGCUCAGCAGCCUGUACAAGAGAAUGUUUGAACCACUCCAUGUGCCUCCAGAGCUAUUCCAAAGAUUAACUGGGCAAUUCUGCAACAUUCAGACUUUGAAGGCAGGUCAAGCUUAUGCUGCAGAGGAUAAAACAUCAGUUGAUGACAGGCUAAGCAUCCUGCUGAAGGGGAAAAUGAAGGUUUCUUAUCGAGGGCAUUUUCUGCAUAAUAUUUACCCCUGUGCCUUUAUAGACUCACCUGAAUUUCGAUCAACUCAGAUGAACCGGGGUGAAAAAUUCCAGGUCACCAUUAUUGCAGAUGAUAAUUGCAAGUUCCUUUGCUGGUCCAGAGAAAGACUGACAUACUUUCUGGAAACUGAGCCAUUUCUUUAUGAGAUCUUUAAGUAUCUUAUUGGCAAAGAUAUUACAAAUAAACUCUAUUCAUUGAAUGACCCGACCUUAAAUGACAAGGCCUCAAAAAAGAUUGAUCGGCAGCCAAGUCUUUGCUCACAGCUCUCUGUGAUGCAGAUGAGGAACAGUAUGGCCAGUACCAGUGACAGUGAGGAUGGCUUGCAGAUGUUUCUUCGUGGGACUUCCUCUUCAUCUUCUCUUCGCCCAGGCCGGACAUCACCCUACCUGAGAACUUCAGCAAAGAUGAAGCCAAUAGAAGAAAGUGUUGAAGAUGAUGUCUUUGAAGCAUCGUCAGCUGAAAAGCUGGAGCUGCAGCGGCUGCCUUGAAUGAGUCUGUCAUCUGAUGUGUAAGAGCUUGGGCAAAGCUCCUGGGCGAGAGGAAGGAAUCUGGAAGCUAAGAACAUCUUUCUGUCUUUGAAUUUACCACGCCAUACGUCAGUGGCUCGUAGACAGAAGUGUCACGCUUUUACUUCUAAAUAAAGAAAUAAAUACA